AUGACCUUGUCUUCAGCAAGAACCCAAAUUCCUCGCCACAGUGUCCAAAUCAAAGCUCUCGAUGCUGCUCAAUCCUAUGAUUACGAGGCAAAGAUAAAUGGCCGCUUAGAGAAGAGCACGAAGCUGAAGAUCGCCAUUAUUGGGUUCAGAAAUUUUGGCCAAUUCUUGGCUAAGACCUUGGUUCAACAAGGCCACACUAUUUUAGCACAUUCUCGAUCGAACUAUUCGGCCAUGGCUCGAGAAUUAGGGGUUUCGUUCUUUUCUGAUCCUGAUGAUAUCUGUGAAGAGCACCCAGAGGUAAUCCUUCUGUGUACUUCAAUUGCUUCCACCAAGUCCGUUCUCAGGUCGUUUCCGUGUCAAAGGUUGAAAAGGAACACCUUGUUUGUGGACGUUCUUUCGGUGAAAGAGUUCCCCAAAAAAUUGUUCCUUCAGGUUCUGCCGCCGGAGUUUGAUAUUCUCUGCACUAAAGAAGCAGCUUUUCGGUCAUCUACAUAA